GGGACUGGUGAGGACUUUGCGUUCAGUAACAAUGUAACAAAGUAAACACUUUUGGAUUUAAUUUGGUCUUUAACUACUCCUAACAGGACUAGAGUGGAUGUUUCACUGUGCGAAAGUGUUGUUUAACUUUUUUUGGUUGUGUUUUGGACAUCAGCUGAAUUAUGGCAAAGCUUUCAAAUGAGCGCCUCUCCUCUGUGCGCACAAUGCGCACGGCCAUCUCGGCAGUCCUCCUCUGCGCGCAGGCCGUGUUUGGCUUUUCGGUAGCCGGGCAGCAGGAGAGCACCUGCGAAGCCAACGGCAGCGUCUACUACGUGGGGGAAUGGUAUUUUCUGGACUCUGAUCACUGUACCCAGUGUGAGUGCACCGCCGAGGGCUCGGCUUGUGCCCGGACGGAGUGCACCUCUCUCCCGGCGGCGUGCAUCCAUGUCAGCCACUACCCCACCGACUGCUGCCCCAGGUGUGAGAAGAUCGGCUGUGAGUACCGGGGAGAGGUGUACGACCUGGGCCAAAACUUCCAGCCGUCGGAGUGUGAACAGUGCACUUGUGACAGUGAUGGCAUCGCCCGCUGUCUGGUUGCAGAUUGCGCCCCUCCACCUUGUGUCAACCCCGUCUACCAGCCUGGCAAAUGCUGCCCAGAAUGCAAGGAGGGUCCUAACUGCUAUGUGGAUGCGUCCCGUAGCCAGGUCAUUCCCGCCGGUGAGCCCGUGUGGGUCGACUCCUGCACCAAGUGCCGUUGUCAUGACGGGCAGGAUGCCGGCUACUGGGAGGGAAACCGUCUGGCAACCUGCGCCCGCCUCAAAAACUGCACGCCUGAGCAGCCUUCCAUCCAGCAAAACUGAUUAACACAAUCCCCAAAGAACCAACUGGUGCCCCAAAACACACAAUCCAGUAUGGCUGAUUAACUGUACCCAUCCUCCAUCGCCCAAGAACCCGCCGUAUCCUCCAACAGCACGGUCCAACAAAACUGACCAGCUGUACCGCUCAAACUGCCAGCGAUCCAACCAAACAUGAAGGAUUAACUGUCACUUCAAAAAAUCACCAAUCCAACAGAAGUGAGCAGGAACCAAAGAACUAAUUUUAGCCCCCAGU